AUGGCUACUUCUGCCCGAGGACCGCCAGGCACCGUCGCCAGCGAGGGUAUUCCAAACAGAACCCUCUAUGUGCGCAAUCUGCCCGACAAGCUCCAAAAGGAUGACCUCAAAAGGAGCCUGUAUAUGCUCUUCGCCACAUAUGGAGUUAUUCUCGACAUUGUCGCCCUAAAGACCAUGAAGAUGCGCGGCCAGGCCCAUGUCGUCUUCCGCGACGUCGACUCUUCGACUCAGGCGAUGCGCGCUCUGCAAGGCUUCACGUUCUUUGGAAAAGACAUGAAAAUUGCAUACGCAAAGACAAAGUCGGAUACCGUGGCCAAACUCGACGGAACCUACAAGAUGCCCGAGCCAGAACGCGCAGAAGACGACCAGCAGGCGCCUGCACAGACAUCAAGCUUUGGCGCUGUACCGGAAAAGGCAGUACCAGUCAACGCACAAGAUGCAGCCAAGGGCCAGAAGCGGGCAAGGGAAGACGAGGAAGAGGAAGAAAAUUCGGAUGCCGAAAUGGAGAUGGACGUGAGCGAUGAGGACUCGGACUAA